CGGAAGUGCUGCGAGUCGGAUGCAGCUGGGAUGUGUCGGAGAGAAUAAGACAAACUUGUGGUUAUUAACCAGCAGGUCUGACCACUUCCUGUCCCAGUGCGGCCAUGGUGCGCUGCCAGUCCUGCCCCAGUCGGUGCUCCCGCUCCUCGGCCUACACGCUCGCCCUCGGCCUGGGCUUCGUGGUUCUGGGGACCAGUCGCAUCCUGCUGCUCAAAUUCUCUGCCAACGCAGAGAACAAGUAUGAUUUCCUCCCGGCGUCUGUCAAUCUGCUCGCUGAGGCCAUCAAGCUGAUCUUCUGUCUGGUUAUGUCCGUCAGGGUCAUAGUUCGGGAGGGUCGAUCCUGCAGAGAUCUGGGCUGCUCCUCCAGCUCCUCCUUCCUCAGCUCGCUGAAGUGGGCCAUCCCUGCGUUCCUCUACUUCCUGGACAACCUCAUCAUCUUCUUUGUGAUGACCUACCUUCAGCCUGCGAUGGCAGUGUUGUUCUCCAACUUUGUGAUCCUCACCACGGCCGUACUCUUCAGAAUAGUUUUGAAGAGGCGCCUGUCCUGGGUUCAGUGGGCAGCGUUAGUCGUCCUCUUCUUCUCCAUCGUGUCCUUGACGACGGGAUCAGGAAGCAGCCAAAACGCCGUCGCUGUGCACAGCCUCCACUUCAACCCCCUGACCCCCCCCUCCAACUCCUGCCUGCUGUACACACAGCUGCUGGAGCAGAUGAGGAACAGCAGCGUCAACGACACGUGGGCGUCGUCCCCGUCCGUCCAGCUGUGGAGGAACAGGAUUGUGGGGAAGCUUCAGUCUUUUGGCGUCGGUCACGUGCUGCUGCUGCUCCAGUGCAUCAUCUCCUCCAUGGCCAACAUCUACAACGAGAAGAUCUUCAAAGAGGGCGACCAGCUGACCGAGAGCAUCUUCAUCCAGAACAGCAAACUAUACGGCUUCGGUGUGGUGUUCAAUGCUCUGACGCUCGGGCUGGGCAGUGAAGCCCGAGGCCUGACCGCUCACUGUGGCCUCCUCCAUGGUCACAACCUCUACUCCCUGGGCCUGGUGCUGGUCACUGCCGCCCUGGGUUUAUCUGUGGCUUUCAUCUUGAAGUUCAGAGACAACAUGUUCCACGUGCUGACGGGACAGAUCACCACCGUGCUCGUCACCACCGUCUCCCUCUUCCUCUUCGACUUCCGCCCUUCGCUGGACUUCUUCCUCCAGGCGCCCGUGGUGCUGCUGGCCAUCUUUAUCUACAACGCCAGCCGGCCCAAGGACCUGGAGUACACCCUGCAGCAGGAAAAGCUGCGGGUGAUCAACGGAGAGGUGUUCGAGAGGUCCAGAGGGGACGGUGAAGAACUGGAGCUCCUGACGAAGCCCAACACAGACAGCGAGUCUGAGGACGAGUCUUUGUAGCUCGACUACACAAGAUGCUCGACUUCACUGCAGCUGGAGACAAACUGCACAAUAGACUUGUUCUCCUGGACGUCCCAGUGUGGAGGAGAGGGAACGUUCAGACACACAAUGUGAUUGUGUGAAGUGAUUGUGCGUAUUUUGAAAUGUGCCUGUCAGAGUGUGGCUGCUGUUACUUGUGAGGAUCACCAGCGUUGUGUAUCUGCUGGAGACACGGAUCAUUAAGGGCUUGUGUUGUUCACUUUUUAUUUUCCAAGGAUUCCGGGUGUUUCCUAGUUUAACUUCUUAAAUCUGAUUCACGACCAACAGCCCGGACGAAACCCAGCGAAAGCACAACGUUCUUCUUUUACUCAGCCUAUUGCCAGUGUGAAAUACUAUGAAUUGUUUUGUGCCAUAAAAUCUGAGGAUGUAUGAAUGCCACUAUGAAAUAAACUGCAAGCCAACGUCCA